UUGAGGUACGACUUGGACUUUUGUGAACCCUCACUGUUAAUGCUAAAGGGUUACAGCUAAGGAAAGGAUAAAUGGGAGAGAAGAACAGGACAUCCUCACCACCAUCGUCUUAGCAUCAAAGACCCUCUUUUUUCUUCUUCCAAAUUCUGUUCUUGUAAUUUUGUUACAAUCCAACCAUGGCUUCCUCUAGCAAUUCUAAGAGACCCUUUUGUUCUUCUUCUUCUUCUAAUUCUAAAUGGAGGUACGAUGUGUUCUUGAGUUUCAGAGGCGAGGAUACCCGCAACAACUUUACUAGUCAUCUCUACAAGGAUUUGGAUAAGGCCAACAUUAAAACCUUUAAAGAUGAUGAAGAACUUCGAAAGGGAGGAGAGAUUGCACCCGAGCUCCUAAAAGCUAUUGAAGAAUCAAGGAUCGCCAUUAUCGUCUUCUCGAAAACCUAUGCUCAUUCCAAGUGGUGCUUGGAUGAACUCGUCAAGAUCAUGGAGUGCCAGAAAGAAAAGGGACAAAUAGUUUAUCCCGUUUUCUAUCACGUACGGCCGUGUGAAGUCAGGAACCAGUAUGGGACUUAUGGAGAAGAAUUUAAGAAACACGAGAGCAAUGCGGACGAGGAGAAGAAGAAGAAAAUAGGGGAGUGGAGGACUGCCUUAAGGAAAGCCGGUGAUUUGAGUGGAUUUAGUCUGCGGGAUAGAUCUGAGGCAGAGUUUAUUGAAGAAAUCAUUGGUGAGAUUCGAAGAUUAAUUCCUAAGUGGGUACAUGUUGGUGAGAAUAUUGUUGGAAUGGAUGAAAAUUUGAAAAAAGUGAAGUUAUUGAUAGAUGCCCAAUCAAAUAAAGUGAGUAUGGUUGGGAUUUAUGGGACUGGUGGGAUUGGUAAAACUACCAUCGCCAAGGUUGUUUACAAUGAUAUGUUAGAUCAAUUUAAAUGUCACAGCUUUCUUGAAAAUGUGAGAGAGAAAUAUGAAGAUAAAGGUGAUUUGCUUCAAUUACAAAAAGAACUUCUUUGUGAUAUCCUAAUGGAGAAAAAUCUGGUGUUAAGGAAUAUUGAUGAAGGAUUUAAAAAGAUAAAGAGUAAGCGUCACUCUGAAAAGGUUCUUAUUGUUCUUGAUGAUGUAGGUUGUGAAGAACAAUUAAAAUUCUUAGCUCCUAAUUCUGAAUGUUUUCAUCCAGGAAGCAUAAUCAUUGUGACCACGAGAAAUAAGCGUUGCCUAGAUGUAUAUGACUCGUAUUCAUCAUAUGAGGCUAAGAGAAUGGCAGACAAGCAAGCUGAGGAACUCUUUUGUUGGAAUGCCUUCAAGCAAGACCAUCCCAUAGAAAAUUUUGUGGGCCUCUCUAAUCGUAUACUGGAUUAUGCUGACGGCCUUCCAUUGGCUCUUGUAGUUUUGGGUUCUUUUCUCUUUCAAAGGCCUAUGGAUGAAUGGGAAAGCACAUUGGAUGAACUCAAAACAAUCCCUCCCGAGAAUAUUCAAAAGGUACUCCAGAUAAGUUAUGAUGGACUAAGUGAUGAACGCAAGAAGUUGUUUCUUUAUAUUGCAUGCUUCUUCAAAGAUGAGGAUGAAAAAAUGGCAACAAGAAUACUAGAAAGUUGCAAAUUACAUCCCGCUAUUGGACUAAGAGUUCUUCAUGAGAGGUGUCUUAUUUCUAUAGAGGACAACACUAUAAGGAUGCAUGACUUGUUACAAGAAAUGGGUUGGGCAAUUGUUUGCAAUGAUCCAGAACGUCCAGGAAAAUGGAGCAGAUUGUGCGAAUUACAGGAUAUUGAAAGUGUAUUAUCACAAAAUGAGUGGACAAAAAACAUUGAGGGGAUUUUCACAAGUCAGUCUCGCCAUACAGGAAAACAUAUACAACUUACUACUGAAGUUUUCAGAAAUAUGAAUCAACUUAGAUUGCUCAAAGUCGAAUUCAAUCAGAUCGUGCAGCUUUCCCAAGACUUUGAAUUGCCUUGUCAUGAUUUAGUAUAUUUUCAUUGGGAUUACUACCCUUUAGAAUAUUUGCCAUCAAAUUUUCAUACAGACAAUCUUGUUGAACUCAACCUCUGGUGUAGCCGCAUAAAACAUCUUUGGGAAGGAAAUAUGCCUGCUAAAAAGUUAAAAGUCAUUGAUCUUAGUUAUUCCAUGCAUCUGGUUGACAUUUCAAGCAUCUCAAGUAUGCCAAAUUUGGAGACUCUAACUCUAAAAGGGUGCACGAGACUUAAGAGUCUUCCAAGGAACUUUCCUAAGUUGGAAUGCCUUCAAACACUCUCUUGUUGUGGCUGUUCAAACUUAGAGAGUUUUCCGAAGAUCGAGGAAGAAAUGAGAAGUCUAAGAAAGCUUAAUUUAAGUCAAACAGGUAUAAUGGGAUUACCAUCAUCAAUUAGCAAGCUAAAUGGGCUUAAAGAGUUGGACUUAAGUAGUUGCAAAAAGCUUUCGAGUCUUCCGGACAGUAUUUAUAGUUUGAGCUCUCUUCAAACUCUCAAUCUAUUUGCAUGUUCACGACUAGUGGGCUUUCCGGGUAUCAAUAUUGGAAGUCUAAAAGCUCUUAAAUACUUGGAUUUGUCAUGGUGUGAGAACCUUGAGAGUCUUCCGAAUAGUAUUGGUAGUUUGAGCUCUCUUCAAACUCUUUUAUUGAUAGGGUGUUCAAAACUGAAGGGCUUUCCAGAUAUCAAUUUUGGAAGUCUAAAAGCUCUUGAAUCGUUAGAUUUCUCAGGUUGCAGAAACCUUGAGAGUCUUCCCGUGAGCAUUUACAAUGUAAGCUCUCUCAAAACUUUGGGGAUUACAAAUUGUCCAAAACUCGAGGAAAUGUUAGAGAUGAAACUAGGGGUUGAUCCAUGCCCCUGGCCAUUUUCACCUCUAACCUGUCACAUUUCAAAUUCAGCAAUAAUCUGGGAUGAUCACUGGCAUGACUGCUUUUCCUCAUUAGAAGCAUUAGACUCACAGUGCCCCCUGUCAUCACUGGUAGAAUUAUCUGUAAGAAAGUUUUAUGACAUGGAAGAAGACAUCCCCAUUGGCAGUUCCCACCUAACCUCAUUGGAAAUAUUAUCUCUGGGGAACGUCCCUACAGUAGUAGAAGGAAUCCUCUAUGACAUUUUCCAUCUAUCUUCAUUGGUAAAAUUAUCUCUUACUAAAUGCAAGCCAACAGAAGAAGGAAUCCCCCGUGAUAUUCAGAACCUAUCUCCACUGCAACAAUUAUCUCUACAUGACUGCAAUCUAAUGAAAGGAACGAUCCUCGAUCAUAUUUGCCAUCUAACAUCCUUGGAAGAAUUAUAUCUGGGUUGGAACCAUUUUAGUAGCAUUCCUGCUGGCAUCAGUCGACUUUCCAAUCUAAAAGCCCUUGACUUGAGUCACUGCAAGAAGCUUCAACAAAUUCCAGAGCUUCCAUCUAGUCUACGAUUUUUAGAUGCGCACUGUCCGGAUCGUAUUUCAUCAAGCCCCUUGCUUCUACCUAUUCAUUCUAUGGUCAAUUGCUUCAAAUCAAAAAUUGAGGGGCGCAAGGUUAUUAAUAGGUAUUCUUCCUUCUAUGGCAAUGGGAUUGGUAUUGUUAUUCCUAGUAGUGGAAUUCUAGAGUGGAUAACGUAUCGGAAUAUGGGAAGGCAAGUAACAAUAGAGCUCCCUCCGAAUUGGUAUAAAAAUGAUGACUUGUGGGGAUUUGCUUUAUGCUGUGUUUAUGUUGCACCUGCCUGUAAAUCUGAGGAUGAAUCUCAGUAUGAAUCAGGUCUUAUAUCUGAGGAUGACAGUGACCUUAAAGAUGAAGAAGCAAGCUUUUAUUGUGAAUUGACAAUCGAAGGAAAUAAUCAAUCAGAAGACGUGGGUCAUUUCUUUCUUCAUUCUCGCUGUAUUAAGGAUGAUGUAUCAGAUAUGCAGUGGGUGAUAUGUUAUCCCAAGUUAGCUAUUGAGAAAAGUUAUCACACCAAUCAAUGGACACACUUCAAGGCUUCAUUUGGUGGUGCCCAAGUGGAAGAGUGCGGAAUCCGUCUUGUAUACAGAAAAGAUUAUGAACAGAAGCAUCCAAGAAUGGCACAAGGCAGUACUUCUCAUGGGAAUUUUGGUGAGCAUGGAUCAGUAAGAGAAGAUACUGAUAGUAAAGCUCACAAUAAAAGGAAUCCCACAGAACAGAGCCCAGGAGAGGAGUCACACCAUAAAAGAUCCAGAGAAACCCAAGACUGAUCUCAAGUAUUAGGCUCAACCACACUUGCAUCACUAAUGCUCUCUUUACUGACAAACAAAACUUUGAGGCUAUCACCCAUGGGCGCAAACUUCAAUGCUCUGGUGCUUUCAAUGACUGACAAUAGUUGAAACUAUGUUGAAUGCUUGUACUAAGGGAAUGGACUUCAGCUGCUCCAGGGCCUUCAACAGCAGCAAAGCAUCUGGUGGCUUGCAGUACUAAUCUUGCAUUAUAUUCUCUGUUUUGCAAUCAUUUGGUACUUUUUGUCCCAACCAAGGAUAGCUCUGUGCAAGCAGUCUCGACUGUGGAACAAGUAAAACAAAUGGUACCUGCUGAAGCUGAGAGUGCAGAUGAUAAACUGGUGCGGAAGGUGGUCAACCAAAAGAAUCAGACAGCAAAAACUAAAAAGCCCAUGAAGCCUGCUACUGAAGCAGUCUCAGCACCUGUUUCUAGGAGGGGUGAGAUUGAAGUGACUGAAGAAAAGGAGCAUCAGCAAACAAAGAAGGAAGAGGAGUUGGCCAGGAAGGUAGAGGAAUUGAGAAGUGAAGAAGAAGCAGCCAUGUUGAAGGAGCAAAGUCUGUUGGAGGAGAGAAAGCCAACGUUAAGGAGGCACUGGAAAGGCAACAAGGAACUGCAGAAAAGGCCAAUUUCUCUGUGAGUGCUGCCACCUUUUCAUGAUACAGCCAUCAUAAUGGAUGUUAAAAGCAGUCUAACUCUACAUACUUCCUUGCAUUAUACUAGUCAUUGAUGGGCUUAAAUUUUAAUUUAAAUGUAGUAUAAAUAUAUAAGUAGAUUGAUUGGGUCUGAA